AAAAAGAAAAAAGAAAAAAAAAAUGUCAAAUAGAAUUGAAAAUGAAGAGACAACAAAUAGAGUACCCUUGUUAGAAUACACUCCGUCGGCGAAUAAAUUGGUCGGAUUCGAAGAAAACGAGGAUGACCGCAAAAGAGGCUUACCCCUUCGGAUUUGGAUCGAGACGAAGAAGCUAUGGCGCGUGGUGGGCCCCGCCAUCGUCAGCCGCAUCGCCUCCUAUUCCAUGUUCGUCGUCACUCAGGCCUUUGCCGGCCACCUCGGCGACCUCGAACUCGCCGCCAUGUCCAUCGCCUGCAACGUCAUCAUGGGCUUCGAUUUCGGCCUCAUGUUGGGGAUGGCGAGUGCGUUAGAGACUCUCUGCGGUCAGGCGUACGGAGCGAAAAAGUACUAUAUGCUGGGGGUGUACCUUCAGCGUUCGUGGAUUGUACUUUCCGCGUGCUGCCUAGUGAUGCUUCCCGCGCUGAUAUUCGCGAGCCCGAUACUGAAGCUGGUGGGGCAGCCGGCUGACGUGGCGGAGCUGUCGGGUGAGGUGGCGCUGUGCUUCAUCCCGCUACACUUCAGCUUCGCGCUACAGUUCCCGCUGCAGAGGUUUCUACAGAGCCAGCUGAAGAACAGCGUGAUUAUGUGGAUCAACUUGGCGGCUAUUGGAAUUCACCUGCUUCUCAGCUGGCUCGUGGUACAUCGGCUCCAGCUGGGAAUUAUUGGGACGGCGCUCACGCUCAACUUCUCUUGGUGGGUGGUGGUAUUGGGUCUGCUGCUGUACACCGUAUGCGGUGGGUGCCCGCUGACGUGGACGGGCUUUUCACGCGAGGCCUUUGCGGGUCUAUGGGAUUUUCUCAAGCUCUCUGCCUCCUCCGGCGUUAUGCUAUGCUUAGAGAAUUGGUACUACAGAAUUCUUAUCGUGAUGACGGGAAAUCUCAAAAACGCAGAAAUUGCAGUUGAUGCCUUGUCCAUAUGCAUGAGCAUCAAUGGCUGGGAAAUGAUGAUUCCUUUCGCAUUUUUCGCGGGAACUGGAGUAAGGGUGGCAAAUGAAUUAGGAGCAGGAAAUGGAAAAGGGGCGAAGUUUGCAACAAUUGUAUCCGUGACAGAAUCUAUAGCGAUUGGCCUAAUAUUUUGGGUGCUCAUAAUUUUUUUACAUAACGAACUUGCUCUAAUUUACACCUCAAGCCAAAUUGUACUUGAAGCUGUUAGCAAACUCUCUGUACUCUUAGCUUUCACAGUUUUACUCAACAGUGUUCAACCAAUCCUUUCA